AGGGGGUGUAGCCCACUCUCUGGAACAGCAGCCCUGGCUUGUGAGAGGAGGGAGGGGAGGACGGGUCCCGGAAGCGCCGCUCCGCGCUGGGACUGGCUCCUUCGCAGCCAUUUUCUGUCCAACCAAACAGCCGAUUCGUGCAGGGAGCCAACCAGGGCCGCACUGGAGAUGGAUGGUGAUAACUCUACAACAGACACGUCCCAGUUAGGAAUUUCUGCUGAUUACAUUGGUGGAAGCCACUAUGUAAUACAGCCCCAUGACGGAGACACGGAAGACAGUUUAAAUGAUCCAGAUGACACAAAUGGCUCAAAAGAAAGUUUCAGAGAGCAAGAUAUUUACCUUCCAAUUGCAAAUGUGGCAAGGAUAAUGAAAAACGCCAUCCCACAGACAGGAAAAAUAGCGAAAGAUGCCAAGGAGUGUGUGCAAGAAUGUGUGAGUGAGUUCAUUAGCUUUAUAACAUCUGAAGCAAGUGAGCGGUGUCAUCAAGAGAAGCGGAAGACCAUCAAUGGGGAAGACAUUCUCUUUGCCAUGUCAACCUUAGGAUUUGAUAGCUAUGUGGAACCAUUAAAGUUGUACCUUCAGAAAUUCAGAGAGGCAAUGAAAGGUGAAAAGGGCAUUGGAGGAACUGUUACGACAGCAGAUGGCCUUGGGGAGGAGCUCACAGAAGAAGCCUUUACAGGUCAGUUACCAGCAGGUCUAAUAACUACAGAUGGACAGCAGCAAAAUGUUAUGGUUUACACGACCUCUUAUCAACAGAUAUCUGGCGUUCAGCAGAUACAGUUCUCCUGAUUUUAAGUUGUCUGUACUAGCUGCAAACAAGAGUCAGGAAGAAAGCUAUACAUAUUUGAAUGCUCUAUUGAAUUGUAUUGGAGUGAGAGUUCCCCCCCCCCCCCCCCCUUUUUUUUUUUUUUCCAUUUUUAUUUAAUUUUUGUAUAUUGAGUUGCUGUAAUGUAGAGUCCUUGGACAUGUGAUAUAGGGUGAUUAAACACCACCUUUUGUGGUUUUGUUUUUUCCCCCUUCAUAGAUUUUAAGUAUUUGGAUUUUAAACCAUUUAGCGUUGAGUUUUUGUACAAGAGUUCUUCUGACUCCUGUAUGCAUUGUAAAUUAAUGAUUUAUUACUGUCUGAGAUUUGUAGGCAGUUUCUUAUUUUCAUAUUGAAUCAUGUAACUUCUUUUGUAAAUCAAAUAAAGAAAAUGAAAUAA